AUGACUCUGCAUCAACCUCCACUAUUUUCCCCUUCUUUCACUGUAUGUCUUCUCCUAUUAUUCACGCCAUCCAUCGCUCAUCUCUCUGUAGCUCGUCCAAUCUUCUUCUUCUGUGGUGAACAUGUUUUUGAUUACCCUUUCGGAUUAAAGAAUAGAGGCCGAGGGGACUUAAGCCUUCAGGUCGAGUGUGAUUAUGGUCAUAUAUUGCCAAAGCCUGUAUUUAAUAUCAGUGGCAAAGAAUACUACAUACUGCAACCCAAAUUCCUUAAUUACUUUAGUCUCGACCAUACCAUGACAAUAAUCGACAAGGAGCUAAGAGAUAAUUGCGAUCCAUCUUCCAAUAACUACACGGAAUUAAGGUCUAGCUCUCAAUUUCAUAUUGCCCAUACACAUAUAGACAUAACCCUUUGGGACCAGUGCGAUCCACAAUGGGUAGACUUGCCCAAUCAAACGGCUAGUUUACAAUGUAACACUGUUUGGCACUACAAUUUGACAGCAGCCGUUAGUGUGCCUGAAGCAUGUAAGGCACAAGCUGUUUUACCAGUCAAUAACUCAGGAGGACCGGUAGACGACCAACAAAUCAUAUAUGGAGGUUUCCCAAUUACAUGGAAUGUCAGCAAAAGUUGCGAAGUUUGCCAGUCAAGUGGUGGGCGUUGUGGUUAUUAUAGCAGCUCGAUGCAGUUUCAUUGCAGGUGCAGGCGGCACAGGCGGCACAAGCCAUAUCCUGACAGAUGCCCCGCAGAUGUAGAAACAGUUGCUUGCGGAAUGUGUAAUUGA